UACGUGUAAUCGACGUGGUGUGAACUUUAAAGCAAAGGGAAAAAGGCGCUGCAAAAUCAGUGUUAGCUGUAGUAUUUCAUAAAAGGGAAAGGUGACGCCCACCUGCAAGCAGCACGCAGGCAUACAGCAGGUUCGAUAUAUGGAAUGGUGUAACGUUGACUUCCUGCUUCUGGCGGCGGCCAUACAUUGACUUUCUAAGAAGCGAGAGCUUGGUGCUCCAGCGAGCUUUGUACUAACUACGCUUGAACAGGACCCAAAGUUUGCUGAACCCGAUUCUUCUCCUGUGAAAAAGGCGUCUCUUGGCGCGCAACCCACCCGAAACAUUUGAUGUCGCGGUCAAGGUAUACCGGCAGAGUCAGCAUCAGAGGAGUUGCACUCGCGGACGAACACACGAAGCCUCCCCAGGCGACCUUGGAUUACAGCCGACCAAACGCACUUGAAAGCCACUCGGCGCAGCGACAUGGCGAUCCGCCGGCAUCCUAAAUACGUGGAAAUCGAGGGGCUCCGGCUCACCAGCGAGUUCAGCCCGGAGCCGGUGCGACAGGCGCUGCAGUUCGUGCCACGUGCCGGGGACGUGAUGCUCAUUACGUACCCGAAGUGCGGAACCCACUGGGUCCAGCAGAUCUUGCAGCUCAUUGUGAACAGAGGCCGGUCGGCAGAAAACUUCUUUGAGUGGUUGGCCAGGACGCCGCUCCUCGAGCUUCUCGGCACGCGCAUCCUGGAGGACGCGUCCGAGCCCCGCCUCAUGAAAACACACCUGCCGUUGGACAGGCUGACACUGCGCGACGAAGCGAGGUACGUGUACGUUGCACGGAAUCCGUGGGACUGCUGCGUUUCGUUUUAUCACCACACUAAGGCACUCCCGGCGGCGUACUUCAGCGAGGGAACUUUCGAAGACUUCUUCGAGUUGUUCAUCAGUGGCCAGACAGACCAUGGAGGCUUCUUCGACCACCUGCUGCCUUGGUACGCGCGCAGGAGACAAAAGAACGUGCUAUUUAUUACUUACGAGCAGCUAUAUAAACAACAAUGCGACACCGUGCUCAAGAUAGCGCGCUUCCUGGGACCAGAAUACGAGCAGGCGCUGCUUGAGGACCAAGAGUUUUUCCAGACUGUGCUAGAGAAAAGCAGUGCAAAGUUCAUGAAGAAGCACUUUGUGCUUGACCCCGCCAUACUGAAGAGCAUCAUCGAAAGGGAUCCCAACGCCUUGCCGGACGAACUGAAGAACCUCUACGGAAAGGUCUUCGUAGCGCCCUUGCGAGAGGCCAACACAGUGAACUUUGUCCGGAAAGGUGUCGUGGGAGACUCUAGGGGCACCUUCACACGCGAACAGCUAGAGCGUAUGAAACUGUUUAUUGAGAAAGAAACUGCCGGAACCGACGUCAUGCAGCUGUGGAUGGACGAAGAUCCGCUUAGGAUGUGAAAAAAAAAAUUAAGCUCAGGUCGGCGUUCAAACUGAAGGUUCUAAGCAAAAACUUGACAGAAAUCCUGGAAGUACACACACCGGUGAAUGAAGCACAGACACAGAUGAAACGACCGAACGACGCUCGGUGCUCUUGCAGCCAUAUUGUGACCCGUUUCCAGUCUGAAGAGCGCCCAUCUAUGUUCGCUGGCUCCUUAGGUGACAUGAAUUUCGCGCCGUGUAAUUACUUCGCACAAAGAGCACAUAGACGCGUGGAAAUGGCUUACAAAGGAAAGAGUACGAACGAGUGCCAUUGCGUUCAUUUGCUUUGCCCGAUAUUACACCUCGUGCGUAUAUUUGAACGUACGUAGCUAUACCUCUCGUUCGGCAGCUUUAGGCCCGACCGGUAUGAUCGAAGCCUGAUCACUGUCUAUCGCUUCCUUCUUAUUUUCCUUAUUUUUUUUUUCAUUUCUUUACCCACCCAAUCCUCCGUCUUUUUUUGUUCAAGAAGGGGGAUUUAACCUACAUGGCAGUACAUGCCAAAUCACCACUUCACAGUGUUGGAGGCACGCGCGAGGAGUUUGCUGAUAUGCCCUAGGGUCGUAGAUUUUUAGCUGGAAGCGAUGGUUCCGGUAAAAACUUGGUUUGAGCUAGCUAGUUGGUAUUGAUUCAUGAUUAAAGGAAGCUUUUCGGCACAAAUUAAACCAGGAAGAAGAAGGCGCCCGUUCUGUGUUGUGCUCUUCGUGCUCGUUUAAUUUGCGCCGAAAAGUUUGCUUUAAUCGAUGGUUAGGCUGGUGAAAGCCGAUACUGCCACGGUUAUUGGCUGCAUGGCUGGGCGUUAUGAUGUCCUUGCAGCACCAUGUUUCGCUAAGAAUAAGGCACCUGUACAAACAUACUGUCCAUCGGUCAUUUAGUGUCUCCGAAACUGACAUAUAUUGUCAUCCACGCCAUCCGCGCUCACAGGAAGGAGCAAAUAGAAGGCGUCAAGAACGAAGUUGGCGGAUAAUUAUGGACAAAGGGGGGAGCGUCUCGUCACUGCCUGAUCACUCCACACCUGAAGGUCGCGGCCAGUCGCCUAGCUGAGGCUCACCUACCCCGUCGUAACACGUGCUGCUUGUUGCGAAGAGCCCAUCCUAACUAAACGUCUCAGUAAUUUUCAGAAUAGACGGGUGUCGGAAGACACGACGCUUUCAAAUCUCUCGGAGCUACUGCCCCUUAUUAUACUGCGAACUACGGAUGCCGCCAUUUUCACAAGGGCUCCGAACAGGAACCAGCCCUGCUUCGGACUGUCUGCCUCAUCAAUUCCAGAGUGUGAUCAAAUAACAAUAUGCGUCGCGUGAUUAAUUAAUUAUGGAGUUUUCGUGCCAAAACCACGAUCUGAUUAUGAUGCACACCGUAGUGGUUGACAUCGGAAUAAUUUUGACCACCUGUGGUUCUUUAAAAUGCGCCUAAAUCUAAAUACACGACUUUAUUUUUGUGUGUGUGAUUUCGACCCCAUCGAAAUGCGGCCGCCGUGGCCGGAUUUGAUCCCGCGACCUCGUGCUUAGCAGCGCAACACCAAAGCCACUAAGCAACUACGGCGGGUCUUGCGUCGUGUGAUGACUACAAUACCAUGAUCGCAAGUUACUUCCAAACAUUUCUUCAAACAAGUCGGACAAGCAGGUCAUCGAAAGCGAGUAAAACUUGCAUAAUAUGAUACUAUCGAAGUUCUGCGCAAAGCUCCGUUCCUGUAUUUUUAAAUAGUAUAGCAUGCCCACCAUGCCGAAAGCGCGGUUGAGUGAUAGGCGGCUAGUAAUUGUGCCUGUCCUCUUCCGUACGUAGCCGUGGCCGUACAAUCACUAUAGAAGAUGAAACAACGGUGAUCUCCACUAUUAUUUGGGCUGAAACAAAUCUGGCCUGAAAAUAAAAGACACGCGGUAGUGA